UACCUCUGCAAGGAAUGCGGACUUUCUGAGUCAUGGGUAACCUUGAAUCGGCCGCAAAAGUCAACAUCGGUCAGCUGGAGGGCUCAUGUUCUCGCGAACUGGACCUGAGCCGAUCACUUACGUACGAGAAAUACCAGCAGCACAUGAAGAGUGAUGACCCUGGGGCACUUCACGAGUUUCCUCAAGAUUUACUGAGUGUGUACAGUGUGUCAUUCUACGAGAAACUCAACUUUGCAUUCAACUGCAUCACUGCUGUUCCUUAUGAGUUUUCAAUGUAUCUUCCGCAUCUAGUGCAUCUGGACUUGAGUUAUAAUAGAAUUGGUUUUCUGCCUGAUUCAUUCGGUUAUCUAUUCCAUUUAGAAACUCUUUUUAUAAAUAAUAACAAACUUAGAGAACUUCCAGAUACAUUUUGCUAUCUAGCAAGAUUACAGAAAUUAGAUCUUUCACAUAAUCAGUUAUUACAUUUACCAGAAAACAUUGGCCUGAUGGAAAGUCUUUUGAGUAUCAAUGUCAGUUACAACGAAUUAGAGGCGCUACCAGCUUCAAUCAGCAAAUCCAAAACUUUGAAACUCAUUCUUGCUAUCUUCAACAAUUGCAGUAGCCCUCCACAACAGAUUUGCAAUCAGGGCUCUGAAACGAUCCUUGCAUUCUUUGGAAAGAGUCAGAAAAAUGGAAAGGAUGGCAAGACAGGUACACAAGGGAAUGAAUUUGCCAGAGUUCGUGGUGACGUUUUGUCAACAACUCACUCAAAUCUCCAUACAGCGCGAGCUCAAUACGUACAAACACAGACUAAUGUGAAUGCAAUGAAUAGAAUAAAAACCCCACUUAGACCACCCCCGGAUGGUACCAAAAUGCCUCCAGAUGAAUUGGUGGAUAAAGUUGUUGGAUGUUUGUAUGGUGCAGCCAUUGGUGAUGCUAUAGGGCUGUGCACAGAGUUCAUGCUUCCUGAUGAGUGUCGUUUUUACUAUGAGAUGGGUGACUUAAGUUAUGAACAAAUGGUCAGAGACAGGCAUCGUUGCAAGUGGCAGAAAGGAGACUGGACAGAUUCAUUUGACCAAAUGGUGCUACUUUUAGACAAUGUUCUGAGUUGGGCUGGCGUGGUGGAUGAACUAGAGUUUGCCAAGACUCUUCUAUCCUGGUGCAAGCAUGGCUUUCCAGAGCUGGGAGAUACUGUUGGUAGAGGUGUCAGAGGUCUGCUAGCGAAGGUUGUUUGUGAGCCGUCCUUCUCAAGUGAUCCUCAUGGUGCCGCUAGGAAAGUCAGCGAUGCACUUGAAUCACCAACUAAUGGGGCAGUAAUGAGGACUGCUGUCCUUGGGCUGACCCACUUCUUUGAUCUUAACGAGGUGGCCUCGAAUGCCGUCAGAAUAUGCAAGGCUACAAACUACGACUCCAGGUGUGUUGCAAGUUGCGUCGUAGUCAGUACUCUGGUGGCCUCCAUACUGCAGGGAACACAUAAUUUGAGUGACAGGACGUCUCUAGAGCAGCUUAUUGGCAGCGUCAAGGAAAAGGGAAGCUCGUACUUGACUGAGGCUCAUCACCAGAAGGACUUCAAUCAUUACUUCGACUGCAAGACUUGGCAAGAUAUCGAGGUCUGUGAGCCACGCAUGACAGAUUACACAUUCAAACCGCUGGCCGCUGCGAUUGUGGCAUUACGAGCCAUGGACGACUUCCGGUGGGUGGAGCAAAUGUUGAAUCGUGAAUGCGACUGCACUGUUUCUUGUAAUUGGCCCACCAUCACGCAGCUUGCAAUGCAAGGCGGUCACGCCACUUGUAACGCUACAGUGGCCGGUGCAGUGCUAGGGUGUAAGCUGGGAUAUGCACAGCUACCCAAGGAGUGGCUAAACGGGCUACUUCCCAAGCAGGUCUCGUGGUUAAAUGGGAAAAUCAAUGCUCUACUGGAUAUGAUGGCUUUGCCCUAGGUGAUUAUAGGGAUGCGGACUCAGUGAAGACCCGGCCUUACUCUAAGUGAUUAUAGAGGAUGCGGAUUAAGCGACACCUGGCCUUGCUCUAGGUUCUUAUAGGGGUAUUGACUCAGUGGAGACCCGGCCUUACUCUAGGUGGUUAUAGACGUGUGGAUUCAGUGGGGACCCUGGACAUGAAGUUAGCUAGUGUAGCUAUUCGCUAUUUACAAAGUAAGUGGAACAAGGCUUGAGAACCUGGUGAAAGGCAUUUUUAUGUGCGUGUCCAACAUCUUUCUUGAACAAAAAAACUAGUAUAGGUUAACUUAAUGGGGAAAUAGAUAGGAAUGUGAGGCACAGCAGAAAGGAGAUGUGACAGAUUCUUGUUUCUCAUGAUUGUAUUGUGUUUAUUUGGUAUUAAAGUUCUUCUCCCAGAGUCCCCUUACGCCACCCCCACCCCCUUGAUUCCUAAGGUCCCUUACGCUACCAAACCCAGGGGUACCCCCUCGGGACUUGGUUCCUAAGGUCCCUUUCGCUACCAAACCCAGGGGUUUGGAGCGGCGACUACAAGUGAGAGGAAAGGGCCAUGGCAUCCUUUAGGGCUUGUUUCCCAUAUCAAGGUUGGGGAGGUAGCGACCAGGGAGCCAGGGAAAAAGAGCGCACGUAAUGAGUGAACGCUCAUCACCCCAUAUCAAGGUUGUGGAGGUAGCGACCAUGGGAAAAGAGCGCACGUAAUGAGGGAACGCUCAUCACCCCAUAUCAAGGUUGUGGAGGUAGCGACCAGGGGAAAAGAGCGCACGUAAUGAGUGAACGCUCAUCACCCUUAGGUAAUUGGUGAAAUGUACACAUUAAAUGCUUGAUCUACGUCA